AUGCCGCCGCUGCGCUUCAAGCCGCCGCAGCAAGUGCGCAUAAAGUGCCCCAAGGGGCGCAUUGUGCCGCUGCUCGAGCCCGAAGUGAAGCUGGGGAAGACCCUCGUGGCUGCAGCGCCCCACAGAGUCACGGAGCAGCAGCUCGAGCAGGCCAGGAGGACGCUGCGGCGCUACUUGGGCCGCUCGAAAGAACUGCUGCAGACAGUGCAUGCAACUUACCCAGUGACGCGAAAAGCAGAAGGAGUGAAGAUGGGGCAGGGCAAGGGGGCCAUAGACCACUUCGUGGCCAGAGUCCCUGCAGGUAUUUCCUUUGCUUCUUUGCUGCUGCUGCUGCUGCAGCUCCUGCUGCAGUCCCUGCUGCAGCUCCUGCUGCAGCUCCUGCUGCAGCUCCUGCUGCAGCUCCUGCUGCAGUUCCUGCUGCAGUUCCUGCUGCAGUUCUUGCUGCAGUUCCUGCUGCAGUUCCUGCUGCAGUUCUUGCUGCAGUUCCUGCUGCAGUUCCUGCUGCAGCUCCUGCUGCAUCUCCUCCUGCAGCUGCUGCUGCAGCUGCUGCUGCAGCUCGUGCUGCAGUUCCUGCUGCAGCUGCUGCUGCAGCUGGUGGUUUGGUGGCUGCGUGGUGUGCUGCUCAGGGCGCGUGUUGUUUCACAUUCCGCAGCCAAGUCCAUUCGAAAGUUUGCUGCCGCAGGCGCCGAACUUCCGGGCCUUCAAAGCAGCAGCAGCAAAACUGCCUUUUCCCGUAGUUUUUAG